GUGAUCGCAUUUGUUUUGACAGUUUCUGAGGGGAUCGGGACUAUUUCUAGGUGCUCUCCAUUGGUGAAGCGUCUUCAUUAGUCAAGAAGCGUGGGCGGGACUCUUGCUCUCUGCAGCGAGUCAAAGAGAAAGGCAAUAAAGGGAGGCAGGAGCUGCACUUUGCCGACGAGCAUCUCUGCCGUCCUGCUUCACUAUACGGUGACCACUGUCCCCCACCCCCUCCCACAAAAAAGAAAAAAAAAAAAAGAAAGAAAGAGAAGAAAAAAAAGGAAAAGAUCCGGGACUUCUCUGGAAAGGACAGAGUUCAUCAAUGUAACUCCGGUCAGUGCGAAACUGCGCCGUUCACCUGGAUAAGUCCAUCUUUGACAAGAGGAGAGAUAAAGAGAGAGAGAGAGAGAGAGAGAGGAGGAGGAGAGAGAGAGAGAGAGGAAGACAAGAGUCCAACGCGAGUGGAGUGUUGACGUGAAUCUGUGAAGGGAAAAGAGAAGAAUAUGAUUUUCAAGCAGCACUUGAUCUUCAUCCUUUACAGCCUCUGCGCGAGCGUCUUUAAAGUGGCUGGGACAAAAAGCAAAGCGAAAGGUAGCCAGGGUCAGUUCCCCAUAACUCAGAAUGUGACGGUGGUGGAGGGGGGCACAGCCAACAUGACCUGCCGUGUGGAUUACAAUGAUAACACUUCCCUCCAGUGGUCAAACCCUGCACAACAGACCCUGUUCUUUGGGGACAAGAAAGCUCUGAGGGAUCACAGAAUCGAGCUGGUGCGGGCCACGUCGCAGGAGCUCACCAUCAGGAUCGGUGACGUCAGCCUGUCAGACGAGGGCCUGUACACCUGCUCGCUCUUCACCAUGCCUGUCAAGACCACCAAGGCCUUUCUCACCGUUCUGGGAGUGCCAACAAGGCCAGAAAUCACAGGAUUUACCAAGCCGGCCAUGGAGAGGGACGUAAUCACCCUGACGUGCACCACAUCAGGCAGCAAACCAGCCGCCAUCAUCCGGUGGUUCCGAAAUGACAAGGAGGUCCAAGGCACGAAGGAAGUGAACGCCACGGGAAAGUCUUUCACGGUGAGGAGCAGCCUCCAGUUCCAGGUGGAUCGGCGGGACGACGGCGUGGCCUACACCUGCAGCGUGGAGCACGUGUCUCUAUCCAGUCCCUACAUGACAACCGAGGUGCUGGAGGUCCACUAUGCUCCCCAUCUGGAUAUCGCACAUUCGCAGAUUAUUCCACAGGAGGGGCAGUACUUCAAACUGGAGUGUGUUUCAAUAGGGAACCCCAUACCUGAACCGGUGCUUUGGUCUAAAGAUGGAGGAGAGCUACCGGACAUCGAGCGCAUGAUAGUGGAGGGGAGGGAGCUCACCAUCACCACGCUAAACAAAACGGACAACGGCACGUACCGCUGCGAGGCCAGCAACCACCUGGGGACCAGCAGUGCUGAAUACGUCCUGUUUGUAUACGCCAAAGACUUUCCAGGGCCUACAACAGAUCCGAACGCGGUGGGACCUCACGGGCCUGACCACGCUUUGAUCGGCGGCGUUGUUGCAGUCGUGGUCUUCAUCACCCUGUGCUUGAUAAUCGUUCUUGGCCGAUAUCUGGCCAGACAUAAAGGGACGUAUCUAACGCACGAGGCCAAAGGAGCGGAGGACGCCCCCGACGCAGACACGGCCAUCAUCAACGCCGAGGGAAACCACGUGCACGCAGAGGAGAAGAAGGAAUACUUCAUUUAGACUUCCUCUCCCGCUCGCUUCAUUUCCUGACAGACAGUUUCCGGCUGCCUUGUCGUCGCUUCGUUGAAUUUCAGUUGUCCUUCUUUUCCAGAUAAGCUUGGAUGUGCUCAUUCUCAAAAGCGUUUUGCAGAAAAAAACAGCCUUCUCUUUUUUGUAAUCACGAUAAAACCAUGUCCAAAUGGGUCGUUUUGGGUUCGACGGUGCCUAAACGCUGUACACUUUAAUGCUUUUCCUCCACUGCCUGCAUUGAAUUUAACUUUUUUUGUUUCUUCUUGUACAACUUUUAGCAGAUUU